CCGUUCAUAAGCUGCUCAUCUCCCUGUUGUAUCCUUGUCUUUUUCCCUCCAUUUUCCUUUCCCCCUUGUUGUAGUUUCACAUUUCAGCCACGGCGUCCCUUACCUCCCCGAACAUGUCCAGAUCGUUACCCUCUGCGACAUCUAUGUCGCCAGUACUAACACCACUCACCGAGCGAGUAAUGCGGCACGAUCAAUACUACAUCCAGGGCGGCGAUGUGAUCUUUCGGGUCGAAAACUACUUGUUCCGGGUCCACCGUUAUUUCUUCGUGCGCGAAUCCCCGUACUUCAGGGACAAGCUCCCUCACCCGCCACCGCCCGGCGAACACGUACAAGGCGCGAAUGACCAUAAUCCAUUCGUGCUCGAGGACGCUCUCUCUGAAGAUUUCGCCAGAUUCCUUUGGGUGUUUUACAACCCGAAAUACUCUAUCUACGGCGCGAACGUUGUCGAGUGGACCUCUAUCCUCAAACUCGCACAUCAGUGGUCGUUCCCCGAGAUCAAGGCGCUCGCUGUCCGCGAGCUCGAGCGUCUCACGAUCGACGCCGUCUCAAAGAUCGUCAUCUACCACUCCUACGCCAUCGACCGAUCACUUCUUAUCCAAUCCUACAUGACCCUCUGUACAAGGGAGGAUCCUAUCUCUCUCGAUGAGGGUAAGGCUCUCGGUCUCGAGACUUCGCUGAUGCUUGCUCGCGCUCGUGAGGUCUGUCGCGGGCCCAAGCCGAACAACGGCAUGCGUAGUCCUACCGUCAGCGUCUCGGGCGUCGAGCUCGAGAAACUUAUCAAGGAUGUCCUUCAGCUCGAGUCCCUCUCCGCCCUCGAACUCACUGGUGUGGCUCCUAUCUCGACCACCGGGCUCACUGCGACCACCCCCGGCUCUUCCAGGAACUCGGCGGUAACACCAAUUACUGCAAGUAUGAUGAAUUCCUUUCGGUCGCCUGCAGGUGGAUUGGUGAUGACCCACUUGCCAUCCCCAGAUCCAUUCGCUGACCAUCGAUUCGUUGCUUUUCCUGACAUGUAG